GGAGACCAUGGCGUUCCUGUGCAGUAGCCUAUGUGACGGGGAAAACAGGGAAAUAUAACUCGGACAGCGGGUUAUUUUCAGAUUAAUGCGAGGAACGGAUUGGAUUUAAAUAAGGGAAAAAAUGGGCUCUCGUAUCAAGGAGAGCCCCGGGUCAACCUUUGAGGUGUACAUGGAAGUGGUGCAUUCUGGGACGGCUGGCUCUGGACCAGAGGUGCGAAGGAGUUUCCCUGACACAUACACUGACCAGGAAACGUUACAGACUAUCCCAAAGUUUUGUUUCCCCUUCAGUGUGGACAGUAUGGCAGUGGGUCAGGUGGGGCAGAACUUCACAUUUGUAUUAACAGAUAUCGAGAGUAAACAGCGCUUUGGUUUCUGUCGGCUCUCAUCGGGAGCUCACAGCUGCCACUGUAUCCUCAGCUAUCUUCCCUGGUUUGAGGUCUUUUACAAGUUACUGAAUAUCUUGUCAGACUACACAACCAAAGGACAGGACAGUCAGUGGAGAGAGUUAUUAGAGUGUCUUCAUGUGUUGAACAUCCCUCAUCCUGGAGUGCCUGUGCAUUUGAGUGUGCAUUUGUUUUUCACAGUGCCUGAUCCUAGAGAGUUACCUAGUAUACCUGAAAAUAGAAAUCUGACAGAGUAUUUUGUAGCAGUGGACGUAAAUAACAUGCUUCAUCUUUAUGCGAGCAUGCUGUACGAAAGACGAAUCCUCAUCAGCUGCAGCAAGCUCAGCACUUUAACUGCAUGUGUUCAUGGAGCUGCGGCCAUGUUGUAUCCCAUGUACUGGCAGCAUGUUUACAUUCCAGUGCUGCCACAGCACUUAAUAGACUACUGCUGUGCUCCAAUGCCAUUCCUCAUUGGAGUGCAUGCCAGCCUUAUGGAGAAGGUGCGAGGUAUGGCUUUAGAUGAUCUGGUACUUCUCAAUGUGGACACAAACACUCUUGAAACGCCGUUUGAUGACCUGCAAAGCCUUCCCAAUGAUGUGGUUUCGUCUUUAAAGAACCGUUUACGGAAAGUUUCCUCGACAACAGGGGACGGGGUGGCCAGAGCUUUUCUGAAAGCACAGGCAGCUCUGUUUGGCAGUUAUAGAAAUGCACUACAAAUUGAACCGGAGGAGCCGAUCACCUUCAGCGAGGAAGCCUUCAUCACGCACAGAUCCAGCACUAUGAGACAGUUUCUACAAAACGCCAUUCAACUACAAUUCUUUAAACAGUUUAUAGAUGGCCGGUUGGAGUUGUUGAACGCUGGUGAAGGUUUUAGUGAUCAGUUUGAGGAUGAGAUCAAUAUGGGAGAAUAUGCAGGUGUUUCAGGAAGUGAUAAGACAUAUCAUCAGUGGCUUUUCACAGUAAAGAAAGGAAGCGGGGCUAUCUUAAACACGGUCAAGACAAAGGCAAAUCCUGCAAUGAAGACUGUUUACAAAUUUGCCAAAGACCAUGCCAAGAUGGGCAUCAAAGAAGUUAAAAGUCGACUUAAACAAAAGGAACUUACUGAGAACGGCUAUUCAGAAGAGCCUGGCUCUGCCCACUUUCCCUCCACGCACAGCAAGGACUCCCUUACCUGGGACCAGAGACGGCCAAUCACAGUCCACUUUGGACAGACUGAGCGGCCCCCUCGGCCACAACGUCCCCCUCCCCCCCGUCCUGCAAAACUGCAGCGCAACAAACGACCAGCCCGACCUCCUCGACCUCUGGUGGCGAAGAGACCACGCAGUAACAUUGCCGUCGAGGGAAGUCCUGAACAUUACGUGCGUCCAACCCGUCACUAUACAGUGUUUCUGUGCGAGGACUCUUCGGGUGACGAGCUGUCUCAUGACGACGACUCUAUUGCUGCUUUUCCCGAACACUUCCUACUCUCUGCUCCUUUUGAAUGGCCCCAGCCAUACAGGUCUCUUAAAGAGGCUGAGCUUGUGGAAGAAGGCGAAGAGGUUGGGGAGCGCUUCCAGGGUAACACAGCUCCGUCCAGCCCUGUGCUAGACAAGUUCUCUGACCUGAGCCUGUUGGAGGGUGCCUUCCAUAGUCAGAAGGGGGAGCCGGAAAGUACAAACAACACAAAUACUGCAAAUUUCUCUCACAGCACACACACUACCCUCAGUUCCGCACGGAGUUUGGAGGAGCUUCGAGCAGACCCACAGCAUGCCAACUUCAACUACCAGCGGAUGGAUCUUAGUUCUGGCGAGCGUACACGGACUCUUCCUGGUCUUAAAACCACCAAUCCAUACAGCAAGCUAUGGCCCCAAAGGGAGGAUCCUUCAACGCUGCUUGGCCGUGAGUGCUUGUCCUGGGAGAGGCCUCUCUCUGUGCCACCACUGGAACCCUUGGAGCAACGUCCACCUAGCAGAGAGAGCUCAAAUCCCACAGAGAAGGCGGAUGGGGCCUGUAUCACAAUUCCUCGCCCACAUGGUCGGAAAACACCCGAACCUGGUGCAGUGUUGGCACCGGCUGUGACCCUGCUGCGGGCCAGUGAAAAGGAGGGAGGAGUGACCGUCGGUGGGCAAGAGUUCCGGCAGGCACUUAACAUGUCUCCACACUCACAAUCGCAGGCUGACUUACUGAAGCCUAGCGAGCUGAAUGAGGAGCAAGGACUCGACUUGCUCAGCUUGUUGGACCCUCUGUGUGGCGCAACCAAAAAUGAGACCACCCCGCCCACAUCUAAACCUCCCUUACCUCCUCGUCCCCACCCGCCAACUUUGCCCCCAUUCCCGCCUCAAGGGUCACUCAACCCCUUCACCCAUCCACCCCAAUUCCCACCUCAAAGGCACUAUAGUCCUGUUGUCCCGAGCAAUCCUUUUGUCCCAGCCUACAUGCCUCCCAAGGGUCCCACUUAUUUCCCCACACCUCCUCGGCCCUUUUCAGUAUUUGGACAAUCAUCUGCUUUGGGCGUGGCCCCAAUGGGAGGGGCAUGGCCAAUGGGAUGUGUCCUUCCAUCCUCUAGUAGUAGUGGCUCUCUUUCAAGCCUCUUAGACUCACAUGCGCCGUCCACUCCCGCCCAACCUGCGAAAGUCCUCGUAGACACACCCUCUGAUCCAUUCAGUGACCUUCUUACCAUGGCAACCACACCAACUGUAAUGGCCACGCCACCCAAAAAGAAGGUGGAGGAUUUGCGGAGGAGGUGGGAGACUUUUGACUAGCUCCGCCCAAAACUUUCCUUGACUGCUGCUACCAACCAGCUAGGGACUGUAAAUAAGCAAAAAUUUAGAGCCAGUGGGUAUUUAAUAUUGCGCCCCCUAGUGGCCUGAAAGCACUGUCGGACAUUUCUUCCCAGAGUGUGUUGUGCUUUUUUUUUGCACGUAGCUUGCACUCUUAGCCUUGUGCACACUGUUGCUAACAAUGCAUUUCCCGUUGUAACAGAAUGAACCAUGUUGCGCCAAUAGCACCAAGCUUAACACUGAAAAUCCUAUAGUUACCAGGAUGACACUGUAUUUUCUGUAUUUGCUAGCAGUUUAGUUCUCAUAGGGACCAGACUACAGAUACAGUACUAUAGACACCAGACAAUACUGACCCAUGUCCUUGUGACCAUUGCAGUUACACUGACAUUGUUGCUGUUAUGGCAUUAACUGCCAGUUCCCUUAACAAUCAGCACUCUUUUAAUUAUAAGCUUAUUUUUUUAGCCCUACACUUAGUCCUACAGAAAAUACUUCUCUUUUUUUUAAUUAAUUAAUUUAAUUAAUCUCCAGCAGACUUGUGCUUAAACACUACAAUAAGACUAAAAAGAUUGUUAAAUUGGCAUUACAUAACAUACUUGAUGACAAAUAUUGCUUAUUCCUGCUUAAUAGAUGAUAUACUGGACAUUGCACACUACCUGCUAGAGCAUACUACAUUCUGCACUACAGAGUUCACAUAGAAUACAUCAAAGUCUAACAGUAGUUCCAGCUGUGUACUUCAUACUGUGCACUACAUUACAUACCGCAUACUAAAGUACAUACUGCACACUACAAUACAUGCUACAGUAUAUACUACUUGCUGCAUAGAGCAUAGUGUGUGAUAUAUGCUGUGUUCUGAAUAGUGUGCUACCCUACUACUUUUACUUUUCUGUUGUAUAUAGAUACAGCAGAAAUAGUAGUGUGGUAGUAUGCUAUUCCGAACUUGGCCAUAGUAAACAUGUCAGAGUUGAAGUAACAUUCCUUGUUCAGUACAAGUUAAGCUCAAUCAGUAGCAUUUUUUGAUAAAUUUUGAUUUCCACAAAAAAUAUUUGACUCAUCCCUCAUUUAAAUAAAUAAAAUAAGCAAGAAUCGUGAUUAAACUCAGGCACUUACAAUGGACGUGAAUGGGGCCAGUCCAUAAACGUUAAAAUACAUACUGUUUCAAAAGAAUAGCCACAAGACGUAAACUUUAUUUGUGCUAACAUGAUUUUAGUGUGAUGAAAUCGCUUACUAACAUUUAUCUGUGUAAUGUUAUAUCCAAUAUGAAGACUUCGUUGUCAGGACGGCGUCACGAAAACCUGUAAUCUGGUAAAUGCCGUAAAUUGGUGGUAAACCCCUGAUUUUGUCAAACUAAAAUCAUGUUAACAUAUAUAAUGUUCAUGUCUUGUGGCUAUGCUUUUGAAACAAUGUGUGUUUUAACGUUAACGAACUGGCUCUAUUCACUUCCAUUGUAAAUUCCUUACUGAAACUGAGAUUUAUGCCUUUAAAAAAAUAAACAAUAAUAAUUAACAAGGGAUGAGUCGAAAUAAUGUUUUUGUGUUAAUCAACAUUAUGGCACAAAUGCUGUCGAUUGUGCUUAACUUGAACCAGAAAUAUUCUUUUAACAGCCCUGUAGAGUGCAACACUGCCCCUAGUGGUCUGGAUACACAUUUUAAGUCAAAAUGCUGCAUGUAUUUGAUGAAUUAGCACUUGACAAAAUGAAGUCGUUACAAAUGUGUCAUCAAGCUAGAUAAAUUGUAUUUGGACGUUUUUAGAUUAAAUAUUUGGUGAAUACCCUAACUGGUACCGGCUUUACCUCUGGUUCUGCUUGCUUGUAUGUCAUUCUGAAAGUUUUAAAAUAGGUCUUCUUGAUCAGAGUUCUGUUGAGUUUCAUACAUUUAAAUGCUACCUGCUUUGAUUUGAUGUUAAAGUUUAAAAUCUGUUUUCUAUUAUUCUGAGCAUAACAAUAUUCUAGAAUUAUAGCUUUCAUAAAGCGAUCAAUCAUCCCUUAUUCGUUGUAGUGCUACCCCUUCCAAUCAAUGAUCUGCUACUGCCAUGCACACUGCAUUAUGGGUAUUUAUUCUAAUAGAGCUGGGUUUUUUUUUUUUUUUUUUUAAAUAUGCAUAUGGCUAAAUGGUGUGUUAAAAUUUAUCCUUUCUCAAACAGUUGGUUUUCUUGUCAAAGACUGUGCCUGUUUCUUUGUUUUAGUUUAGAACUAGACACAAUCUGUCAGUAGACCUUGUUAUAUGCAAUUUUUUUUCUAUACGUUGCAAGUAGGAGAACACUGUUUGUGCAAAUCUUGACAUGGCGGAAUUUUUUUUUAACUGUGUGUCCAACCAAAUGCUCAAACCCAAAAGAAACACAUUAUUUUUGUCCAUGUCAGGGAACAUCAGGGAGUGAAUUGGUGUCUUUCCUUCUCUGGUUUUAUUGUUGUAUUUAAAGGUAUGAAAUAAUGUUAUUUGUGUUAUUAUUAUUAAAAGUGUUCUUCAACAUAUGUAUCUACCCUGUAGAGCUGUUAGACAUGUUCCGUUAGUUUAUCCGUUUAGUUCUCCUGUCUAAUUUGGCCUUAAAUUGGAGUUUUUGUGUGUGGGAGUAUGAAAGCUGAGAGCUGUUCAUGGUGAGAGGUUUGUUUUGCAUUUCUGGUCUUACAGUGUUUUGAUUUUGAGACAUUCUGGUUAACGUUUGCAUUUUGUUUCUUAAAAAUGUUGAAAGAAAAUUUCCACGUUUAACAUGGGAUUUCAGGUUGGUACAUUUAGGGGUACAGUAAACACAGGAACACUGUCUUUGAUAAAUCAUACCGAUAUUUCAAAACAAGCUCAGUGUAAAUUGAAGCUAAUACAGAUUGACGAGGUAUGUGACUUAUGAGGUUAUGUAGAAUACACUGAGUGGUACUGCACUGGAUUGCCAUGAGCUUCUAGUAUUAAGACUACAAAACAUACAAUUAUUUACAUCAGAUUACUUUACAACACUCCUUCUGAAGGAUACUGAUGUUGGAGUUUGAGUGUGCCGAGUGCUCUGUUCUAUGAGAGCCAUGCCCUUCUUAUUAAAAAUUAUUCAAGGAAAGCAUAUGAUCAAUGUGUUUUCAGCAAUGUAUUUACUGCCUUUGGGCACCAGCAAUUGUGGGAUCCAUUUGAUUGACCAUAGAAAUGAUGGCAGUGUUAACGAAAUGUCAAAUAUUGUAAUUUUUGGCUGUAAGCAGUGUAUUUAUGGUGACGCCAAAUAGGAGUUAUUUUAAUUGAAGGAUUUUGCAGAGUCCUCUAUGGCUGCUAGGAUCAGUAAAGGUUGUAUAUUAUUUAGUUUACAAUGCCUUAAACUGAAGGAAACUACAGGAAACACCAGAAUGCUCCACCUUCCUUGAAGCAGUGCAAGGAGAAUUUAAUGGGCAUAUUCAGUGUAAAUUAAAUGGUUGAAACUAAGCAAAAAGCAACCUUGCUUUUUUUAUUGUCAGCAUUUUGCUAAGUAUUCUUAGUAAUAUUCUCCUUUUCUUUUUUUUAGAGUAAACGAAAUAGUCGGAUGAACUCAAGCUGUGACAUUUUUUCUGAAUGAGUUUAAUUAGCUAAACCAAAACACAUCAUGUUUAGUGGUAAAUUCUGGACUUGGUGAAUCUCUGGGACUCGGAGAAUGUCAAACUUUAAUUGAAUUGUAUUCUGAAUGGGUCAAAGAGUUGAACAGUGAACCUCUAUUGACAGUGUCAUGUUUGGGGUUUGAAUAACACAAACCUAAACUUGUCUCGGAAUAAGAUUCGGAGAAUGCAAGCUGUGAUGACUCUCAGCAUAGUGAAAUUAUCAAAACAUCAAUACAUUUCUGAUGUGUAACAUAUCUCUCUUGGAAUGUUUCCUAAUGUGAACACGUAUCCUGUUUUUUAUUAUAAUUGGUUUUUUUGUUUGUUUUUUUAAUCAUCCUGCACUUUUAUUUUUUUAUUAUUUGGAUGUUAUGAUUUUGUGUAUGUCAGAAUUAAAGAGAACACAGUAUAUUCCUGAGAAAGUGGUGUGCUUGAAAUC